UACAUAAUACAAUUUACCGACAUUGCAAUCAAUUCUUUCUGAGCAUCAUCAUUGCAAAAAAACCAGAAUGAAAAACAAAGAAUGUUGGAUGAAAAUGAAGGAAUUAAAUCAGCAAAAAAUCACACUCCUCAUGUUAUCUGCGCGCUUCCCCUUUUAAGCCAAAGUGACCAAAACAAAAACACAGUGGCAUUCUAAUCCACCGCCAGAGUCACGUCACCGAUUUUUUCACUUUCCACAAGUAACUCUUAUAUUGACACCACGUGUACGUUCUUGAUAUCUCUUUGCCACGUUGGCAACCUCCAUCACUGGACUCUACCAAUAGCAAACUAAUUAUUAUCUUACUAUUUAACACAAGUUACCGUUUCAUCUAACUCACUACUCAGUAAAAAAGUUUCAUUAGUUAUGUCUGCUUCCGGAGAAGUUGAUGAUGUUGAAAUGCCGGUGGAGCCUAAACCUGUGAAGGAAAUGAAACCAAAAGCUUCCAAACAAACCAAAACAGCUUCUCAUCCUCCAUAUUUUGAGAUGGUUAAGGAGGCUUUACUGGCUCUAAAGGAGAGGAAUGGCUCAAGCCCUUACGCUAUAGCGAAAUACAUGGACGAGAAGUUCAAGCCGGUGCUCCCAGCAAAUUUCAAGAAGAUACUAAGCUUGCAGCUUAAGAAUCAAACCAAGAGAGGGAAGCUGGUGAAGAUCAAAGCUUCGUAUAAACUAUCUGAUGCCGAGAAGCCGAAGAAGGAGAAAAAAGACUCUGUUGCGGAGAAGAAGCAACAAAACCAGAAGAGGAAGACAAAUGCAACGGUUGGUGGUAAGAAGAAGGUUGUGAAUAAGAAGAGCAAGUCCAUUAAGUCUACUACUAAUAAGAGGGGUAGAAAAGCUAAUGCUGCAACUGAAACUAUGUAAUAUAGUAUGUGUGAAUAUGAUAACUGUUUUUUGGCCUGAAGUCUCUUUGUAGUACUCGCAGCUAGCUAGCUUUUUAGAAUAUACGACUCAAGUGGAGCUGUUUUUUUGAGA